GUGCGUCCUUGUGUAAAAGAUCGCGCAACCUCCACAGGCUUCGGCCACGAAAGAGCCAAUGCCACAACCACAUCUCGAUCAUGUCUCGACCAUUAUUUUUGUUCAAGUGUCUUUAGAAGGUUGCUAUAGUAUCUAUUGCUUCUUCUUGUCUUGUCGACCAUGACAUCCCAUCAGGAACCGGCCCCUGGGUCCAAGUCUGCCAAGUUUGUGGCAGCCGAUCCAUUGGCGCCCAUGGUAGACCCCUUUCAGCAUUUGGACGACGAACAACGCGACGUGCAACAAGUCUUGGCGGAGAAUGUGAAUAAACGAUUGACCAAGGCCAUGGACGAGUUGAAGGAGAAACACGCCACGGGCAACAAUGAGGUUGACGAUCCCGAUCGAGCACCCACUGGAGCGGCAUAUCGCCAGAUUCAACAGCAACAACUCGCUUCACAAAAGGAAAAUCAACGACAACAACAGUUAUUACAGGAACAACAGCAACAACAAGAUCAACAAGACCAUGACGACUUGAGAGCCAUGGUGGCGCGACAAGUCGAUAAGGAAGAAAAUAGUGACGACAGUGACGAUGAAUUUGACGAUUUAUUAGAAGAUGACGAUCCCAUCUUGGAGGCGAUUCGACAAAAACGAUUACUCGAAAUGAAACAAGCGUCGGUCCAACAUGCCGAAAAUAUUGCCAAGGGUCACGGACAGUACCGCACUAUUAGUCAGGAUGAAUUCUUGCCGGAAUGCACCGGCUCGAGCGAAUGGGUCGCCAUUCAUUUCUUUCACAAGGAAUUCCAAAAAUGUCUAGUCAUGGAUCAUCAUCUACAACGAAUGGCACGUGCCCAUGUGACUUGCAAAUUUCUACGCAUUGAUGCCGAAAAGGCACCCUUUUUCAUCUCCAAAUUGAACAUUCGGACCCUGCCCACGGUCAUUGUCUUUCAACAUGGCAAGGCCGUCGGACGAUUGGUGGGAUUUGAAGGAUUGGUAUCAGUGACGGAAAAGAGCGACAAUUUUCCAACGUACAAACUACAGCAAUGGUUGGCUACCACGGGGGCCAUUGAUUUUGAUAUUGCCAAAGAUGAAAUGGCACGUCAAGAAUUGUUGGCGACUGAUACGGAAGAACAACAACUACGCAAGGGACGUCAGGGACGGGCCAUUUGGAGCACUGCGAGACAGUUCGACGACUUGGUGUUGUAAUCAUAAAUAGCCAAUGCUGUU